AUACAUAAAGCGUUUCUAUUUUCUGUGGACACUCUGCGUUUCAGCGCAGCAAUCAUCGUUUCACCUGACAUAAGUGUACACGAGAGUCGCAGCCCUGCAUUCCAAAAAGGAAGACGAGUAUUUCACCAUGAGCUCAGACGAUGGUGAAAUGGAGAACCAGGCUGAGCUGGAAGAGAAGACGAGGCUCAUCAACCAGGUGUUGGAGCUUCAGCACACUUUAGAGGACCUGUCUGCCCGUGUGGACGCCGUCAAAGAGGAGAACCUGAAGCUGAAGUCGGAGAACCAGGUUCUGGGUCAGUACAUCGAGAACCUCAUGUCUGCCUCCAGCGUCUUCCAGACCACUGACACCAAGAGCAAACGAAAGUAAGGAGAACCUCGGAGAACCUCCAUCUAGAAGAUAGAACAACCCAUCCCCCUCACACGCACACACACACACACACUACAUAACAUCAACUGUCCUGGGAUACUGGAAUUAGAAAGAUGGGUAUUCGUUCUCAUACUUGCACUGUGCUGUAACAUGUACACUAGGGGGCAGUAUUGCAUUUCUAAAAUCAGAAUGUAGAGGAAUGAACACAAAAGAAAGCUGAAACUUUUUUUCAGUCUUGGACUAACUUGUCAGGAAACAUUUUCGUUUAUGUGAUUAACACCAUUUUAUUAAGCUCAACUAAUCUGCGGAUAUGCACAAUAGGUUUUUGAAUGUUAGGUGAACACAUGGUGGCAGAUUUGGCGGCUCUCAAACCUUUUCCUCCGUGUUUUUACAUGUAUCCUUUCAAAAAACAUGCUGUAGACUUUAGUCAGCCGAAACUCAGAUCCUCAGCUGUUCAUCUCUCAACCCCAAACAUCCCAGCACCCUGCCUGCUAAUUAACUACAGCUUCAUAUGGUGCCAGUGUCCCAAACCAUCAACAGAUAGCAGCUGUCAGUAAUGUGGAUAUGGAUAUUGUACCAGUAAGGUUGGCAUUGGUGACAAUGCCUGACAAGCAGCUUUUAACCACACAGUAACAUUUCCACCAUCUUAUUAAAAUCCAGUGCUCUGAACAAAUAAGAUGCUAAUAGCUUAUCAUGUGCUCUAACAGGAAUGUGUCCUUUUUUGGGGAUAUUGAAACAUUUCCAUGCCUUAACUUUGCAAUGUGUGCUGUUAAAGGAUGAAUCCACACGUUUUCAAAUCUGUCCUUAAACUAUAUCACAUACCUGUAUGAAGACUGAAGAAGUUUUUGAUUGUUUUAAUCGUUUCUUCUGUUCAAACCAGCCAUUAAGGCUCCAGUGCAGGCAUUCCCAAACUAUUCCAUAAAGGGCCAUGUGCCAGCAGUUUUUUGUUCCAACCAAUCAAGAGCACACAAUUUGACCAAUCAGCUGUCUGAAGACUGAGAGCACUUGAUGAAAUGAGUCAAGCCUGGUGUGCUCCUGCUUGGUUGGAAUAAAA